AUGGCUGCAAGGGACCAUUCCGUUAUGCACUACCAUUCUGGUGUUUCUUUCCUCUGUUGCUUUACCAACAAGUUGUUUGCUCAAACUAUCUUAUCGUCCAGAUUCAGUUCAUGUGCCGCUCCGUCAUUUGAGUUCAUAUUGACCGAGAAGAAAGGCGAGAAAUGCAACGUGGGCCUGAUCACCCUCAACCGCCCGAAAGCGUUGAAUGCCCUUUGCGACAAACUCGUGUCGGAACUGAGUCAAGCAGUCGAACAUUUCGAUAACGAUGACUCCGUUGGAGCUCUCGUCAUCACAGGAAGUGAAAAGGCGUUUGCUGCAGGUGCUGACAUCAAAGAAAUGCAGAGCCAGACAUUCUCAAGUAACGUGAAGAAAGGUCUUUUGAAAGAUUUCGAAAAGAUAAGAGGAUGCAGGAAACCUAUCAUUGCCGCUGUCAAUGGUUUUGCUGUAAGUGCAUUAUGUUAA